UCCGGAGUAGGUUAUGAGGUAAUCUCCGAGAUAUAGCUCUCCAUUAUCCACAUUAUGACGUCAUACUCAUCGCCCCCUCCCUGGAAGCGUGAAGUGUAAACCUUUAGGAAUACGCGAGAACUGGGCGUGAACCAUGCAAAUAUCAUCACGUGACUCGAACUGACAAAUGGCAUCGCGAACUGUGAGCAAACGUGACGACAGUUGAAGCGUUGUCAGCCAUCUUGGAGCCGGGAGGUGCGCUACCCACUAAUUUCUCUCUCUUAUUAAAACGGUAACCGGCGGCGGGAGACACGUAUUUAUCCGCCAAAACGGUACACUGUGGAGGCUUAGUGCUAUUUGUGCCAUUGGUUCUGUGUACGAGACAGCCGAUCCAGCUCAUCACUGAGUAAACGAGGCAGAGUGAGCCGACGCCAUGGUGCAGUCUUGUUCCGCUUACGGCUGCAAAAACCGAUACGACAAGGAUAAACCCAUCUCGUUUCACAAAUUUCCCUUAACACGACCCCUUCUUUGUAAGAAAUGGGAGGCUGCAGUCAGAAGGGCUGACUUUAAACCAACAAAGUACAGUAGCAUCUGUUCUGACCACUUCACUCCUGACUGCUUUAAGAGAGCCUGUAACAAUAAACUGCUCAAGGAUAAUGCUGUUCCAACUGUGUUCUCCUACACAGAUGCUAAGCCGGCGGUCACAAAGAAUGUUAAAAAGGAAGAACAAAGUACACCGGUCCCUGCUGUUCCUGAAAUAGAUCCUGCAAUUGGUUUGCUGUUGCCCCCUCCAUAUACUCCUAGUCACAUAGCAGUGAUAUGUGACCACAAUUAUACAGUGGAAGAUACAGUCCAUCAGAGGAGAAGAAUACAACAGCUGGAAGAACAGGUUGAUAAACUUAGGAAAAAGCUUAGAAUUGCAAACCAAAGGUGCAGAAGACAAGAGCGUAGCCUGGAAAAACUGGAAAAAGAAGUGUAUGAUUAUAAAUAUGGCGCUGGCUUUGUGAUCGUCCCAAGCAACUAUUUUGAAGUGUACAACGAGGGUGAAAGAACUGAAACUUCAACAAUUAUAAAUAUCUAAUCCUGGAGGUAGUUCAGUGGGUCACUGUUAUGUGCAUAUUCAUUAUAGCAUAAAUAUUGCUUAAUAAAAGUUAUUUGCUAAAUUGUUCUCUUACAUUUUGAUAGAGUGG